UUAGACGUUUCCAACGGCCCGUGGCUGGCUCAACUUACAAACUUCUGGGCUAUCUCCAGUUUCAAUUAAUUAUUCUCUUCUCUUCUGUUGCUUGCCGAGCAUAAGUCUGGUCUUGCUUGUUGAGUGAUGAGUAAUCGUUGUUGAUCAACUUGGGAUUCCACCAGAGUACAAGUGCACCACUACAUCCGCUAUGUCUAAAGUUGAUGUCACAUCAGGGAUGGUUCAUCGCGGACCUGUCAAAAACCGAUCCUGUACAGACAUUGCCUGCCUCAUCAUCUUUAUUGCUUUCCUCGUUGGUUGGGGCAUCAUUGGCUUCUAUGGAUUCACUCUGGGGGAUCCGCAAAGGCUUCUCCAUCCAACGGAUAGCAAUGGACGAAUAUGUGGCGUCGACGAGACACUGAAGGAUAAACCGUAUUUGUUCUAUUUUGAUCUGACACGCUGUGCCGACCCGUCUAUCUUAAUUAAAGGAUGUCCCACGCCGCAGGUUUGCGUCAAGACUUGCCCCACGGAAAACUUUAUGGCCAUAGCUGCAGCCGCCCAAAUUGGAGAAGCCCUAACGAAAACCAAAUUAAUAUGCAAAGAAAAUGUUACAGUUAGCCGAAUGAGCGUCAAAGAGCUCGUAGAUAAUGGCCAUUGCGCUAGCUACUAUCUUCAGAGUGAACCGAUCACCGGCAGAUGUAUUCCAUCACUUACCAACAUGUCAGACUCUGUAAUCUUCUCAAAUUCCAUUACCCGACAGCUCGAGGUACCAAUCGAAGAAAUAAUCAACGGUACCAUAGGCUUAGCACAGCUUUUGAAUGCUGGACAGACGUUUGACCGCAUUUUCCAAGACUACUCCGAGACGUGGUGGAUUAUAUUGAUUGGACUGGCCAUUUCUAUGAUAAUAUCUCUUUUCUGGAUUGUCUUGAUGAGAUUCGCUGCUGGUCCGAUGGUUUGGCUGUCAAUUAUCGGCAUUUUAGCUCUGCAAGGAGUCGGUUUCUGGUAUUGUUUUACACGCUACACGGAGUUAAAAGAUAUGCCUGGAGCCAGCAAUCAAACUCUAGCACAAAUUGCAUUCACCACCAAUCUGGGAACUUAUUUGGAAUUAAGAGAAACUUGGCUGGCCUUUCUUAUUAUUCUGGGCAUUUCUAUGACAGUGAUCGUCUUAAUGCUCAUCUUUUUACGUAACCGUAUCCGCAUCGCUAUCGCCCUCAUCGGCCAUGCCAGCAAGGCUGUUGGUAAUAUUAUGAGCACUCUGCUCUUCCCUAUAUUUCCAUGGGUGUUCCAGGUCCUCGUCAUUGGCUAUUUUGCUGCUGUUGCUCUUUACGCAGCCUCCAUAGGCAAAUCCACUUUCAAAGUAGUUGGCCCGGACAAUACGACGAACAUCAAUUGCAGUUGCACCUCAGUGAUUGAUUCAUUAGGGACUUGCAUUCCGCUCGGAUUUGAGCAAAUAUGUAACAGUCAAUGUCCUGGAUCUACCUGUAGAUUCUUCGAAACUGGUGGCAAUUACUACGUGACAGUCUUGCAGAUCUACAAUCUAUUUGGCUUAUUUUGGGGCUUGUUUUUCGUCUCCGCAUUAGCUGAAAUUGUUUUGGCCGGUGCCUUUGCCUCUUGGUACUGGGCAUUCAACAAACCUCGUGAUGUACCCGCCUACCCGUUGACCAACAGCUUCUUCAGGGCUAUUUUCUAUCAUUUAGGUACUGUCGCCUUUGGCUCUCUGAUUAUCGCUAUUAUCCGUUCGAUCCGCGUCCUGCUGGAAUACCUGGACAGGAAAGUACGUGAAUAUUCGGACACUUGUUGCAGCCGUACCAUGAUGUGCUUGUGCAAAUGCUGUUUCUGGAUGCUAGAAACGUUUAUGCGAUUCGUGAAUCGCAAUGCCUACGUCUUAUGUGCAAUAAAUGGAACGAGUUUCUGUCAAUCGGCAUCGGAUGCGUUUUCGCUUCUUUUGCGUAACGUUGCGCGCGUAGCAGUGCUGGACAAGGUGACGGACUUCCUCCUGUUUCUCGGCCGAUUGGUUAUCGUCACAGCGAUGGGCAUUUUAUCCUUCUACGUCUUCACAAACCGGAUUCAUUACAUCAAUGAAUACAUACCACCAACCAAUUACUACAUGGUUCCAAUUAUCACUACCAUACUGGGGGCGUAUUUCAUUUCCGGCCUGUUUUUCAGCGUCUAUACCAUGGCCAUUGACACCAUCUUCCUCUGCUUCCUUCAAGACACGGAAAUUAACGAUGGAUCCCCUGAGAAACCGUUUUACAUGUCUCAAGAAUUAAUGGAAAUUCUUGGGAAAAAGAACAAACUAUAAAGCUAUGCUGGGUCAUGUUUGCGUUCUUGUUUUCUCCGUUGUCUUUUAAAUUCAAGCUGCACAAGAUUCUUUGGAAACGUCGAAAAGGUCCGAGGAACUUCGUUGUGUCCAUUGGGAGGAAUGCUAACGUUGGCACAUUUCUCUUGCCUUAUUACAUUGUUGUUCAUAUGUUAUCCUCAUUUAUAUUAAUCUAGAAGUGAGCGAUGCGUUUAAUGUCUACCAUUUCAUAUUGCCAUUCGCAUUUCGCGUAUUACCCGGGGUGCCAUAAUGUCAUGUUGGC